CCUAAUUCUUUGUGGGUGGCCGUGCGGCUCUGCCUUCUCUCCUUAUAAUACUUAUACCGCUGCUUUAACACUCCAUCCAUACUUUUUAAGACUUAGCCCCGGUUUUUAACACUUUGUUCAAGCAUUUUUACGCUCUAUCCUAGCUUCUUUUUAUAUAAACUUUUUAAAACUCUACUCCAGCUUUCUAACACUUUAUCCAAUCUUAUUUCAUAUAUACCCCAGCUUUUUCAAGAGCUUAUCCCAACUCUUUUGAUACUCUACCCCAACUUCUAAUAUCCAUUAUCUCGGCUUUUAUCGUGAUCCAGCUCUCACAACUCACCUUCACAACUCACCUAGCCAUGAACGAUAUCAGAGAGGAGGAUCCAACACCCAUCACACCAGCAGUUCGUUCCUACAGUCUCAAAGUCGAAAAAGAAAACCCAGAAGACCCUCUCUCCCAAGCACUCGGUUCCACAGUUCAACAGGCAGGCCAUCGACCGAGUAUUCAACGUGUUAAAGCUCAGGAGUGGGUUUAUUGGCUCCAAAGUGACUGCUCUAGUGAUCCAAUUUUCGAUCCGCUAGAGCAACAGCGCAAAGAGUUGAUUCGAGUUUGGCAGGAGUUUCAAAGGCUCUUCGUCCCUCCAGGAGACUUAACAUCCGGGGCCGCUCACUCGCCACUUCCCAGCAUUGCAACUUUGCAAGCGGCAGUCAAUGACGCCCGUCUUGGUUGGGAAGCCAAGCAUGAGUCUGGCAUUGGCCUCGCCAGAAAUCGGCUUCUCCGCUUCAUGGAGACAAUGGAUGAUCAUUCAUUCUUGUUCAAGUUUGUUCCGGCCGAGGACAAGUACAUCAGCCUCCUCACUGGGGUUGUGGCAUCCGUCGUCAAGGCCUCGGUCAAUUACCACAAGAUUGCUGAGGGAUUCUCACUUGCCCUCGUGGAAAUGAGUGAGAACCUGAGAUAUGUGCAGAAGAAAACACAAGUUGCGAACACAAAUGAAAUGCAAAGGCUUGUUGUGGCGCUAUACGUCCAAGUGUUCAAGUUCCUCUGCCACGCCAUGUCCUUCUUCCACAAACGCCACAAGAGAUUUCUGGCGUCAUUCAACAAAGGAUUCUAUGAUAAGACGGUCAAGGCCAUGGUCGACGGCAUCCAAAAGACGAUCGGCGACAUCCGCAACGAGGCACAACAUACGACUGAGCUGCGCAUCGAGCACAUGCACCAAAAAAUGAACGACAUGGAACCACUUUUGGUCAGGCUGCAACAACUUGGAGUUCAGACUCACGCGGACACCGAGCAGCAGGUCAACGUGAAACUUGCCGCGGCAGCAGUUGGGUUUCAGAGAUUGGGCGAGAAAGCUGUACAUCAGCUUGAAGGUGUCGAGGACCAAGUCACGCACGACAUUACUUUCCAAUCCCCACAGCAAUCCUCAAACGUCCCGCCCGCCUUGACAGUUGACGAGCCAGCAAACGAGCCAGAAAUGCCGAAAUCCCACGCCGUGGCGAGACUUCCCAGCGAAGGACAAUCGACGAACCCUUCAAAGGACAUGAUAACCAGCGAACCCACAAUGCCCGACUAUUGGCGAAUCCAACAAUACACCGAAGCCCUCAGGCCCUACAUCGAGAGUGUCGAAGAGUUCCUGAGAGCCGAGUCCCACCCACAAACAACCAUGAUCCCGCAAGAAGUGUACACCCAACUCAGCAACUGGAUAUCUGACUCUGGCUCCCGAAUGAUGUGGGUGGAAGGCCCAUCCUCCCUGGGUAGUUCUGUGCUUUCUAAAGCCGCCAUCAAAGCUGCCGAUGGAGUCAUGAACGCCGGUAUUCCUUGCAUUUCGUACUUUUGCAGGUCCCGAUACAGCUUCGCUGGCAGUGGCAGUGGCAUGAGCGGGAGCAGUGCCAGCAAGCCGACAUUAUCCCACAGAGACGCGGCAGUCAUAUCCCUCUUCUACUCCACCAUCCGCCAACUUGCCUGGGUGCUUCCCAGAGAAGGCUUCACAGCAGGCAAGAGCCUCCACGGUGACCAAUUCGCGAAGCUUGACGGGACCUUGCACAGCCUUCCCACGGCGUUAAACAUCAUCAAGGCGCUGCUUGUGUACACACCGCCUGUGAUCAGUUGGGUCAUUGAUGGGCUGCAGUUUGGAGGGGACAGGGAGAGCAUGGGGCACCUUUUGAAUUUCAUUAAACUCUUGCGUGAGCACAUGCAGGACUCGAGUCGGGUGUCCAAGAUUCUCUUCACGACUGACGGCCGGAAUCAAGCGCUGGCCCGUGGCACAACGGCGCGGGAGAGGGUGGAUGCAUCCGCGCUGGUUCGGGCUAGGGGAGGAAGGGCAUUCCCGGGUGGGGUUUACAUGUACUAGCCGUUUGGAGCUCUUUUCUCUUCUUCUGAGCUUCAUCCUAGCAUCAAGCGGACACUAUCUCAGCAUCAGGCAUGCUUUACCCCAGCUUAAGCUAUAUAUUAUCCCAGCCUAAAGGGCAUUUUCUCAGCUAAAGAGAGUACCUAGUUAUGUCAACUUUAGAAUACUUUUGCUCCAGUUUUAUAUCACCUUAUCCGAGCUUCA